AUGGAGAUAUGGGGGAAGCGGGGCGUGAAGGAGGCCAGCGUCAUUUUGGAGUACUCGCACAGAAAACAGGCUUUGCCAACCAAUUUCUUCCGCAAACUCACCAUCCCAGUCAACGUGACCGUCUAUCCCAGCAUCGAGCUUGUGGGAUGCGACAUCAUCCCGCUCUCAUCGUCUACAAGGAUCUCAGAGUCCAACCAGGGCGCCACCUGGAAGUAUCUGGAGAAAAUGGUGGCCCAGGGCCACCAGAUGUCAGACUUCUGUCUGCUUGCGCUUGACCUGAUGAAUUCCUGGACAGAGGAGAUGACGGUCACAUUCCAGUGUCUUCUGGAAGGCUCAAAAGACCACGAGUUCCAGCAGUCGAACGACGCGAUCGAAAACCCACCGGAGGACACCUACACGACGACGAUUGUGCUGCAGAGCAAAAAAAACGCGCGAACCUUGAUCCCGAUAAAAAGAAUUAAUUUUAACUACGAAUACCUCAAUCAACGGGUCCCAAGUCUUCGCAACAAGCAGUUCAUUCUCGACACCAAGACGCCGGAACCGGAACAGCGGUUUGUCAAGCACGCGUUCUGGUACCGGCACGAGUUGCUGCAGCGGCUGCGCGCGCGGUGGCAGAUCUCACAAACUAACAGUAACUCUAUCUAUGCCGGAAGAGGAGGCAUCAUUGACAUCAGAAGCAUCCGGUUCUCGUCCAAGAUGGUGAGCGCAUUGGAGGUCGAGAAAAUUGGACUGGUUUUGGACGUCUUGGACACCGAGGACCGCGUUGUUGAUCCCGAAUCAUUGGAGCUGAACCAAUUCUACAGUAUACGUCUUAAACUCACCAACAGGAACUCGUGUGCGGUGGCUGGCAUGCUGCGACACGUUCCUGUGUGCCAUUCGUUAUUUGCGUCAAUUGACAAAAAGAUCCUGUACAACGGAGUGUUGCAGUUUAGUAUCGAGAAACCCGUGCUGCCCAACGAGUCGCGUGAGUUUAUUCUCGGAGUCGCGUUUCUGGAAAAGGGCGAGUACGAGUGGGGGGCUAUUUUCGACGAAAUGAACGGCUACGAGGGGGGAACUAUCUCGCUAAAGCAUCAGCAUUUGCAAAGGGAGCAACUGAAAAUAAAGGUGGACUGA